CUUAUACAUCUCAAUAGCUCAUCCGUAACGUUUCCUGCAUUCACCGAACAACGCUAUCGCCGCCAUGGCCUCCUCAUCCGCAUCCAUGCCUUUCCUCGUCAGCCCCGCCGAGCUCAAGACACUCCAAGACGCUGGGGAUGUCGUUGUGCUUGAUGUCUCAUGGUACCUCCCCGUCGAAGGGCGCGACCCCGUGAAGGAGUAUAAUGAGAAACGUAUCCCCGACGCACAGCUCCUCGACCUUGACGAGGUUGCGACGAUUGCCUCAGUCGAGGGCAUAUCGCUCAAGCAUAUGAUGCCUGACGGACCCACCUUUGCUGAAGCAUGCUCCAAGUUCGGUAUCUCUCCUACAACAUACGUCGUCUUCUAUGACUCGAGAGGCGUGUACUCCUCUCCGCGAGCGUUGUUCAUGUUCCGCUCCUUUGGCCAUGAGAAGUCCAGCGUGCUCGACGGAGGCAUCCCACGAUGGGAAGUUGAAGGGUUUCCCAUGGAGACCAGCUCACCCAAGGUCCCUAGCAAGACGACGUACCCCAUCCCUUCAAUGGACGCGAGCAUAAUCCGAAACUACGACCAGAUGUUCUCUCUCGCUUCGUGCGACCUCCAGGCGAUACCAGAGGUUGUCCUCGACGCCCGUCCAAAGGGCAGAUUCGACGGCGUCGACCCAGAACCCCGCCCGAUCAUCCCCUCAGGGCACAUGCCCAACUCGACCUCGCUCCCCUUCUCCCUCUUCCUCAGCACCAACGACGUUCCACCCUCUUUCUCCUCCAUUCCCGCACCAACAUAUACCACCGUCCUCCCACCCGCUGAGAUCAGGGCUGCGCUCGAAAGCGCUGUUGGGCCUGAUGUGGCAGCUGCCGUUGUACGCAAGGAGAGGCCUGUGGUCGUCACGUGCGGAAGCGGGAUGACGGCGGGGACUGUAUGGUUGGGGCUACAGCUUCUGGGUAUCGAUAAGAUGGGCUUUUACGAUGAGUCAUGGACGGGGUAUGUCAUCCACCAGGGAAAACAUAUCAAGGCCUGAACGAUAUGGCGUGUUAUGAGGACUUAUAUGUAGUAUCAACGUUGCUUGCUAAGAAUGAAGGGAUAGAGGAUAAACGACACUGUAUUUCGUCUGGAUUCGUAACUCACCACUCAAGAGGAUACACCAAUGCUAGUAUAAACAAG